CGCGAGCCGAGCUCAAUCGGUCAAGUGGAGCAGCGACGGUGUUCUCGGGCGGCCAUGGUGGUUUCAAAGAUGCUGAUAAGAAUCUGGCGCGGCUCGCUUGGGUUUCCCUCUCCGCUCCGCGAGCGUGUUAUGUAAGUGCAGUGCAAUCUAUCUCACAAGCCACUUCUCUCUCUUCAAACCCAAACCCAUUCGUUCGCUUUCGCUCGACCUCGACUCUUGUCGGUCCUUCGUUCAUUCUGGCCCCGUCGCUGGUCGACACUGCCAACAUUCCCGUGACUUGAUUCCGCAAGAUUCCAGACGUCGGAUUGGCUGUUUCGGGCACUGUCCGAGCCUUGUUCGGCCUCCCUCCGAGGACCCAUCCUCCCCCCUCACUCAAGCAAAUCCAACAUGUCCCCAAUCCCUCUCCCCGCCACGACCCCGACCCCGCUCGCGAUCCAGCCAGUUGGCGACUCGGACAUGGACAGCUUCUCCGUCUUCCUGACCGCAUGCACGCUGAUGACAGCGUGCAUCCUGGUUGUCAUGUGGGAGGGCGUCUCGUGGAUACGGCGGAGCUACGAAGAAGAUCGUCGGCUACUGGACGCCGAGCCGGGCGAGGCGAUCUCUGUGUAGGUGUAGGCUUGGUGGGUUACUAUGACGGAACGACUGUCGCGAGGUUGUCUUUGUGCGGCACGGGAUAUUAGGGACGGGCGGAAGUUAGCAUCAAUGGUUUAAUGCUGAUAAUGGGGACCUCUACUGCGUCGUCGAUACGAAUCGAGUCUAGGGCAUGGUCACUAUAUUGUUCUGUAAAUAUCAGUCACUCAUAGAUGAUAGAUGAACAUUAAUCAGUCGAGGUGGUGCUCCCA